CCAAAGAAGGAACAAAGCAUGUUUGGGUUAAAGACAUAAUGAUAACUGCUGAAGUUUAGUAACUGUUGAAGUUUAGUAACCUUUUUUCUCUUGGCUUUUAUUUUAUUAAAGAUUCAGAAGAAAAUAGGAAGAGGCUCAAAGUUAAAGUUAGGGAUGUUCUAAAUUUAUCUGGUGAAGAACGUAUCAUGCUUGAAUUCGAUUACCUGGACGAACCAUUUGGAGAAGCACAAGGCCUUAUUGCUGGUUUUGUGGAAUUUUAGCAACUGAUUGCGCCUUAUUUCCAAUUCACCUUGAGAAAUGGUCAGAUUUACCUAUAUCAUACUUUGACCAUGUACUUGAUCGAAUUGUAAAGAAACAGUUUUGUUUUAAGACAGUCGAGUCAGUUGCACGGCGUUAUGUUUAUAAUUCUAUUUGGAAAAAGUGGAGUGCGAAUAGGCUAAACUUGUGGAGAGAAUUCUAUGAUCCACUCAAAAGUAAAGCUCAGAUUAUGAAAAAUAUUCCAGCUGGGAUUCCACGGGAUCAGUGGACUUCAUUUGUUGAUUACCGUUUUAAAGAAACAACUUUGGAAAUGUGCAGAAGGAAUACUGAGAUUCGAAAGAAACAAACAUUUACACAUACAGGUGGCUCCAAACCUAACUCCAGAAGAAGGGCUGAAAUGAUGGCUGAGACUGGACGAAGGCCUGGACGUGCACAACUUUAUCUUGAUACUCAUAAGAAACAAGGUGGAACAUAUGUGAAUGAGGCGGCAAAGGAGAUAUGUGAAAAAAUUGAGCUUGCUUUGAGCCAAAGUACGGUGGAUGAUUCUGAAGUUUCGCCGAAUGAUUUUGUUGGUAAAGUGCUAGGAAAAGAGCACUCUGGAAAGUACGAUGCUUAGGAUUAGGAGCUGUCCCUAGCAAAGUUUUAAACAUGCAAGACCUCGUUUUGGUGGUAUGAAUGCUUCAAGUAGUGAUGCUUCACGUUUGAACCAUUGCCAAGAGAACUACAAUAAAUUGUUGAAUGCUCACAACCAAAGCCAAGAGAGCUACAAACAAAUGAUGAAUGCUUUCAAGGCAUAUAUGAUAAUGAAAGAAGGGACAAUACCGGAACAAUUUGUGGAGUUCUUUGCUUCUCCUCCUACAACGAGAUGCAACUAGUGGAUCACUAGUGGAUCACCCACGGGCGUAAGAAGAUCAUCUGAUGGCAGUAAUCCAAGUGACAACAAUUGAAGUUUUUUAUAAUUGAAUUAGAUAAUUGAUUAUGGCAAUGUAAUUAUGUGAUUGGAGCGGAUGUUAGAAUGGGUAGGGUGAAUGUUUUAUGUUAAAAUUUAGUUUGAAAACUAAGUUCGUUUCGAGCAACUAAAUAUAGAGGUAGAUUGCUAUAUCGGAGACAGCUUUUCCGACGCUACUGUAUGCAGCUAGAAACAUUGCUGAAUCUGCUUUGAGUUGUUUAGGAAUUUUUUCCAUCGGAGCAUU